CUAAUCAAAUGUUUCGAUAUUUUCACAUGUUUAUAUUUACUAUUUCAUUGUGCAAUAAAUUCUAGCUAAUUGAGAGGAGUUCUCGAGAGAGAUGAGUGAGGGAAAGCAACAGAGUCCGGGCGAUGGCAUCCGGUCCAUGAGGAGCACAGGAGUCUUCCGACUAAUUAACUUUGAGUUAUACACGAAACCGAACAAAAUUAUCAUGGGUCUGGGACUGACCGCUUUUGCUGGGGUGUUCGGUUACAUAGCCUACAUGCGGUACAAGUACGAGAGCCUGGGAUACUAUGUGGCGGUGCAGGAGAACGGGCAAGAGAAAUUCAUCAAGAAGAAAUCAAAUUGGGAGCAGUAAAUCCAGCUCCGGAAAAAUGUCUUGGUGGAAACAUCUUUAUUUACUCGGUAGCACAAUUUGGUACAUAAAUUUCUUUUGUAUGGGAGUUACAGUUUGCUUUGCCAAAAAUAGUUAAGAAAUCACAAUAGUA